AUGACUUCAGCAUUUUCUAAAGACAAUCUUACUUUCGAUGAGGAUGUUCGUUCGCGGUCAUCUUCAAAGGAGCACGCAGUUCUUGUGUCAAAUCUCCCCUUCAGCGUGGAAGCUCUGAUGUCGGACAGAAGGACAAAUACGAUAAUAGAAAAUACGAGAGAGAAAAUGGAUGCGUUGAAAUGCAUAAGUAGUCGAGAUUGCCCUUUAGCGAUUUUCCAGACUCCGCGUAAUUUAGAGAACUUUUCCAAGCUUUUACCGUCAUCUCCGGUCAAGUCGGAGAGCUCUGAUCAAGACGACUGCGCAUCCUGGGUCACAAGGUCCAAGUUGUCACCGCCAACUCGACAGUUGAGUCCCAGUUCAUGUUCCCUGAGAAAGCACAAGACCAACCGCAAGCCCCGCACUCCUUUCACCACCACACAGCUCCUGGCUCUGGAGCGUAAAUUUCGCCAGAAACAGUACCUGUCCAUUGCAGAGCGAGCCGAAUUCUCCAGCUCUCUUAGUCUGACAGAGACACAGGUGAAGAUCUGGUUUCAGAACCGACGUGCCAAAGCCAAACGCCUACAGGAGGCAGAAAUGGAGAAGCUUAAAAUGGCUGCCAAACCCGUGCUGCAUCCUGGCCUCACACUGCCAUUCCCUCUCAGCACCCAGCUCCAGCCUACAAGCUCCCUCUACAGACAGGCUCUCUCCUACCGGAGACACGUGUUGCCCAUACCACCAGUUGGGAUGUACCCCCCCUCACUAGGUUAUGGUAUGAGUAUGUAUCAUCUGUCUUAA